UUUAUUUGUGGAAUAAAAUUGAUACUGUUUAAUCAAGCAACACGAAGAAUAAGCUCCAACAUGUCUGAUUCCAGCAAGGUUGAAGAACAAGAGUUAGAAAAGAGCUUAGUUGAGGAAGCAGACAGAAUAAUUUCUAAAGCUUCAGAGGCAGAGUCUGCUGUCAGUUUGGAUGAGGACAAUACAACAUCAGCUAAAGAGCAGGAUGCUGGAAAUGAAAAGGAAGAUGUUAGCGGUCAUCAGGACACAACAUCAAAAAAGAGAAAAGCAGAAGAUGAAGAUGAACCUAGAGAAGUGCACUUGGCAGAAGGGCAUGGACAAACUGUAGCUGCACAUUACAAUGAACUUCAAGAAGUUGGAUUAGAAAAACGUAGUCAGAGUCGCAUAUUUUUCCUCAGAAAUUUUAAUAACUGGAUGAAGAGUCUUCUCAUUGGUGAAUUUAUUGAAAAGGUACGACGUAGGAAGCGAGAGAUCACUGUGUUGGAUCUGGGCUGUGGAAAAGGUGGAGACCUUCUUAAAUGGAAGAAAGGCAAAAUCAGUAAACUUGUGUGUACAGAUAUUGCCGAAGUUUCCAUGCAACAGUGCCAACAGCGGUAUGCUGAUAUGAAAGCCCGGUGUCGUGCUAAUGAAUACAUUUUCAAUGCAGAAUUUAUAACAGCUGAUAGCUCUAAGGAACUUCUGUCUGACAGUUACAGUGAUACACAUAUGUGCUUCGACAUAUGCAGCUGCCAGUUUGUUUACCAUUACUCAUUUGAGACGUAUGAGCAGGCUGAUAUGAUGCUUAAAAAUGCUUGUGGGAAUCUCUGUCCCGGAGGGUAUUUUAUUGGUACAACUCCAAAUAGCUUUGAGCUUGUAAAGCGACUUGAGGCUUCGGAAACUGAUUCAUUUGGGAAUGAUGUGUACACUGUACAGUUUCAGAAGAAAGGGGAGUAUCCCUUGUUUGGCUGCAAAUAUAACUUUAAUUUGGAAGGAGUUGUUGAUGUCCCUGAGUUCUUGGUUUAUUUUCCUUUACUGAUAGAAAUGGCAAAAAAAUAUGGGAUGAAACUAGUCUACAAAAAGACAUUUCGGGAGUUCUAUGAAGAAAAGAUUAAGGAUGAGGAAAAUAAAAUGUUGUUAAAGCGAAUGCAGGCUUUGGAGCCAUAUCCUCCAAAUGAUAAUUCCAAACUUGUGUCUGAUAAGUCUGAUGAUUAUGAGCAUGCAGAAAAGCUUAUAAAAGAUGGCAAAGCAAAGUUACCUCUGGGGACCUUGAGUAAAUCUGAAUGGGAAGCAACUAGUAUUUACUUGGUUUUUGCAUUUGAAAAGCAACAGUGAAAAGAACGUGUACCGGAUGUAGCAAGAAGAGAUUGCUUCCUUGUACAAAUUGGAGUGAUGUAAAACCAUUGUGGCAACUAUUUUUUUAUGUUUAUUUUUUAAUUAUUAGAAGUGUGCAGGACACUACCAAAAACUAGGGCAAGCUCAUGAUUGAGUUAUAGUUGCCUGUCUGCGACAGAUGGACUUGAGUGUAUAUAGAAGAUUGUCUGAACCUGGCUUUUUAAAACAUUUUUCAGUAAUCUGCAUGCUGUUUGAAAUCCACAAUGCUUUUGUUUCCAAUAAGAGUUUGUUAGUAAAGUUUGUUCAGGUGAUCAAGGGCCUGGUCCUUUACCCACUGAAGUCAAUGGAAGGACUUCCAGUGACUGCGGUGAUGUAGGAUCAAGGCUUAAGAGCACACUACAGCAAAACUCAGAUUCAUUCACAGUGCAGUACUUUAACAGUAUUAAAUUGUAUUGUAGUUUAUGUGGAAAGGUUCCCAAACUGUUCUUGUUUUUUGUGCUCACUGGUUUGUAGUGUCAUUGUGCUAUCUUCAAGAUUAAAUGGAUUUAUGUUCUGUACACCUGAAUGCGCUGAAAGUAUUGUUAGAGAUGCCUUCAUGAACACUUUCAAUUUUAAAACCUCUUGUGACUUUUUCCUGGAGGCUUUAACAUCUCCAUUGUUUGUGCGGUUCUUUGUCCCUACCUACUGUCAAAGCCUGGGAGCUAAAGACAUGCUUUUCACUUGUUCUGUGAAAUAGUAUUUAGGUUUGGUUGAGUUGAUAAACUGUUGAAAAUCAUUAUUCCCUUCUCUCACUUGUGCUGCUCAGGAAAACUUCGGCAGCAUAUCAAAAUAACUGAAUAGUAAUUUUCUCAAGAGCUGAGCCUACGUUUCACUGAUAAUACCUGGGAUUUGGCCAAACAACUGCAGUAUUGGGCACAGGGAGCUCAAACUCCCUGCCUCCUCUCCUCUGGCAUGACUACUUCUUCCACCUGUAGAUAGAACCCUUCAAAAUAAAAUCAGACUCAGAGGGUGCCCCUGCCAGCAUCUGGUACUUAUGUUGACUUCCCUUACUUUUUGCUAGAGUAAGGGCAUUAGCUCUUGUCAGCCUCCCGCUAUGGGGAGGCUGCCAAGCACAGCUUAAGGUAAGAAGACUUCAGCUCUGUACAUAACUGGAGUCUUAAGCAUACCUUAAGCUGAGCUGCUGGGUUUAGUUUAGAUCUGGCCAUACAAUACAGUUGGUACAAGCGUGUACUACAGUGUUGAAUAUUCAGGGCUCAAAUCCUGCUGCUACAUGAUACCGGAGGUUUUGACUGUACUACCUAAUAUAAAUUGUUUUUUUACCUUUAACCAUCCCUUAAAAUUGUGCACCAAAAACAAUCAAGUAAAUGUUAUUUAGAUUGUGAAGUCAAGUUCUCAAAAGUUAGGAAAUGUGAGAUUUACAGUUUCUUGGGCUUCCUUAAUGUGGUUUUAUACUUUUUACAUGACCCUUGUCUCAUUUAUUGCACAAGAUGGAAGCACAAAGGAGCAGAAUUCAGUUGCCCAGACAACUGUAAAUUGCUUGGUUGUAAUGAUUGAGUAUUAUGGCACUGCUUUGGUGUAAAUAAAGCUCCUCCCAGAUUAUGUC